AUGCGCGUUCUUUGGUACGCAGGGACCUCGACGGCCCUGGCGGCCGGCGUCGUUGCCUAUGCAUUUAACCAACGGGCUAACUUCUACUCCGCCAUGGUCUACCUGUCGCAGAAUAAUUUGAGUCUUAUGAUACUCAUAAAUCUUGUCCUACUGGUAUAUGGUUCCUUCGUCUGGGGUCUUCAGCGACUAUGCUACGGCCCCCUCCGGCCGGUCGAGAUCGAGCAGCUCUACGAGAAAGCCUGGUUCGCCGUUACCGAAACCUGCCUUGCUAUGACCAUAUUUCGGGAAGAAGUCGGUGCUUGGUUCCUCGUUAUGUUUACUGCUCUGGUCACCGGCAAAGUUUGGGAAUGGAUAGGCGAAGGCCGUGUCGAAGUUUUGGAACAGCAACCUCCGGUGAACCCGCGCCUUUUCCAUACGAGACUCAGCAUAUCCCUCUUGCUCAGCGUCAUAUAUGAUACCUGGCUAUUUACGUACACUAUAAAUGCCGUCAUUCAACAAGCCCGACCCAACAUGAUGGUCAUGUUCUUAUUCGAGUUCGCCAUAUUAACCGCCUGCUCGUUCCGCACUGGCUUCCGAUAUGUCCUGUCACUGGUUGAGGCCGAUAUAGUGAGGAAGCAGACCAAGCAGAGGUUGGAAGAACGACGUAGACAAAUCCGAGAGCAGCGUGCCGAUAUCAUGAGACGUCGCGAGUCUGGUGAUCCCGCGGAGGCGGAGGCCGCAGAGCAGGAAGAGUUACCUAGCGAAGACGAUAUUGAUGAGACGGAUAUCGAUGUACCGGGAUGGGAGUCCAAGGGGCAAUGGGUUCUAAGCCUUGAUUUGUUAACUGACUUCGUCAAGCUCGGCAUCUAUUCCGCUUUCUUUGCUAUCCUGAUGAUGUUUUACGGUCUACCUAUUCAUAUUAUGCGUGACCUAUUCAUGACAGCUCGCUCAUUUGUGGGGCAGCUCAGACUCCUGAUUAAAUACCGGAAAGCUGUUAAAUAUAUGACCAAGUACCCUGACGCUACCGAAGAAGAGUUAGCGCGCGAGAAUACUUGCAUCAUCUGCAGAGAAGACAUGAGACCGUGGGACCCAUCUGCCGCAGGCGCAGUAGAGCGGUUCCGCCCAAAAAGGCUUCCAUGCGGUCACAUCUUGCACUUUGGAUGUCUUAAGAGCUGGAUGGAGAGACAGCAAGUAUGCCCAACAUGUCGACGCCCAGUUACUAUCGAGGAUGCCGCACCUAAUGACGGCGCAGCUCCUGGUGGCCAGCCUAAUGUUCCAGGUCAACCAGCACCAGGUAAUAGGGGUGCGAAUGCUGGUCAGCCGGCGCAAGCUCGUCCAGGAGGUAAUAUGAGGGUGUUCCAGUUUGGUCCUAUUCGGUUAGGCUUUGCUCAGGGCAACGCCCAGAAUAUCCACGAGAUGGCUCAACGCCUUCGUGUCCCUCUUGAUGGCGCCAACAUUCCUGCAGCACCAACGCCGACCGCUCAAGCCCCCCCUGGCGCUACCCGUCCAAACAAUCCUAAUAGUAUUACGGAAAUACAGGCACAACUUCAUGACAUCUCGAACCGAAUCCAAAUGGAAAUGCAAGCUCUACAGGCGAGCCAAACCGAAUUGCAUACCCUAUAUGCUCUAACAACAGAGUUGAAUCGCCUUCGUCAGGUGCAACAGGAUCCUCAACCCGGACACCCGGGCAUUAGCGUCCAAUUUGCUUCUGAUCAUGCAACUGCACCACAACCCCCUUUUGCUCCUUUUCAACCCAUGUCACAGUUUCCCUCGCUUUCCGGUUUCCCGCCUCGUGUGGCAACCCCGACAAUGACCAGACAUGGAGGCGUAUCUUAUUCGACUGCUAUCCCUGCCGGUAGCUCAGAACUACCUGAAGGUGUUACCAUACCCCCUGGUUGGUCAUUAUUGCCUCUUCAGCGCCUUGAUGGCCAGCCACCACAAGCCCCCCUAGGGGCUCAGCUACCCAGUCAACAAGUUGACGCUAGCGGUCAGCAGUUACAAACAACCGAUACAGCGAAUAUGAAUACUACAACUACUAGCGUCGCCAGCGGUUCCCAGUCAUCAAACCAUAGAAUUGGCGACUCCCUUGCUCGGAUUGUCGAGGCAUCCAACAGGUAUACGACAGAGCAAACUUCCGGGACUACUUCACAGCCGCAGAGAGAACCCCCCGUAGUGGCUGCGCCUACCCCGGUAGUGCCUAACUGGGGCGGUGCGUCGCAGCUGUAUGCUAACGGCGGAGCUGGUGGUUCAGCCUCUACAAACGAGCUUGGAACGAGAGCAGAGGAAGCUUCAACAUCAGAAGGUCCGCGUCGCAAUUCAAGCGACGAGCAAGAAACAUCAACGAGGAGUGAAACGAAAGGAAAGGCGAAAGCGGUUACGGUUGAGGACGCAGACGAUGCGGAGGAUGCAGAAGAUGAGUAA